AUGUCUUACGAGACAGAGACAGCUACCGCGGCUAUGCAGUCAAAGCCAUUCUUAGAUGGACCACCUCCUCGACCACGUCCUUUACCAGUUUUAGACAGUUGGUCCAUCGAAGGUAAGCAAUUGGUGAGACAUCAUACCGUGCCGCGGAGAAUGCUUUUCACCCCCAGCUGUUCUACGGACUGUCCGAUUCCGAGUGAACGUUUGACCGGCGAGAGAACGACAUACCUACAGCUACUUCCAAAGAAGCGUGGUGAGCGAGUUCUUCGUGAUGAUUGGUGCAAGUCCAACAUGCCGAACCGCGACCUAGAGAUGCUUUGGACAGGUCGUACAGUUUUCAAAAUGCAUAGCAGCGCGAAGGAACAAACUCAGACCAGUACUACAUCUACUACCAUCGAAGAAGAGUUGGAUGUCCAUGACUUUCCGAGCUACAGUGGCGAUUGCUUUCCAGACCACUGGACUUCGGAGCAGAAGGAACAGAUGGCGAAGCAAUAUCGUGCCAUGCCUGAGGAGUUCUACACGAAGUCCGGCCGCAAGCCAAUCACUCCCAAGAACAUGAAUGCCUGGUUCAAAAGGGCUUCUGGACGCGGCCUACGGUGGCAGUUCUGGGAGCUGUGCUCGGGCAGUGGACGGCUGAGUUUGGUGCUGAUGGCAGCAUCGAUGACAGUUGGCUUCCCAGUUGACUAUCGUUAUGGUUGGGACAUGGCCUUUCCGGCACACCAGACCUUGCUGAGACAAUGCCACUACGAAUUCGUCCCAGCUCACAUUUAUGCAGCACCAACAUGCACACCCUGGUCAGUGUCUUCUUCGUCCAAGCCACCAGACAUACGUGCACACGAGAGACAAGCCGAGCUUCCCACUUUGGAGUUUCUGAAUGAGGCCUUCCUCUUCCAGCACUACGGGAACCUUGGCUUCACUGCUGAACAGCCUUGGGGUUCAGCCAUGCUGGUUGAUAGUCCUCUUGCUCGACUUCGUGAUCUCGGUGGGGUACGUCCGUGGCGACUGGACCAGUGCAUGCUGGGAGCUCAGUGUGAUCAGGGCAGACCCGUUCGCAAGGCUACGGCAUUGCUCAGCAAUAGGCGAUGGAAGAUGGUGGUGAAGCGAUGCGACAAUCACCGUGGAGUUCCUCACGGACUCCUUCAAGGCCAAGUUCGCGGAGUGAAUCGUACUGCUUUGGCAGCGGUGUAUCCGAAGCGGAUGUGUCUGCUUCUCGGCCAAGACUUGUGGGCUAUCCUUCGGAAAGAUGCCAGGCAAUCGUGCAAGCCCUGGCCACAGCGUCUUUUGUGGGUUCACGAUCUGUAUUAUACUUGUGAACGCUGUCAGCUUGGCCGGGGCGCACCUCCAGGUUGUGAACACACUCUGGUUCCUGGCCAGUGUCGUUAUGGCCAGCCUGGCAUGCGUAAGGCGAAGGCCAAAGAACAACAUGCACCACCAUCAUCUGCACUACCACCUUCUGAGGAAUCAACUUCUACGCCGAUUAAGGACUCAGCAUCUACAGCAACUGUUCCCGCGCCCAAGCGUGAUGACCUUGAGGACCCGACGGGUCCCUUCAAGUUCUUGGCAAGACAUGGGGACUACAGCAAGGUCAAGUUGGACUGUGAUGCCUCAAUUCCCCUUACGGCCGAGCAGAAGUUGUUCUUGAAGGCGGCCUUAUUGCAGAUGCUGCGCACGUGCAUCGAUCUUUUCCAGGCCAACACCUCCAUUGACUAUGACCACUGGCUUGAGGAUCCUAUUCUGCUCCAAGUCUUCCAGGAGAUUUUUCAGAGCCAGUUCUCCGUGUUGGGGGUGAUGUGUUCUCUUCGGCCAUGGAAGCGAAAAGUUCCGGAUCCAUACUUGAGUUCGGCAUGUGCCCCCUUGCGUCUUCUCAUCGCGGGCAACAUGCGUCAGUGGAACGUGCAUGCUGUGGAGGACAUGCGUCUGAUGUCGCAUCAUCAGCUCAAUCUGCCUGUGGAUGACGCCGACUGGCACUUUCACCUCUUUGGCGUCAAGGAUGGCGAUACGUCGGCUGAUCUGAUCCGACCUCCUUCAGCUGAUGAUGGUGACCCUGAUGGUCCGCGCGGCUCUUCCUCACGGGCGCGCCGCUCCGCGGCCUCUUUGCAACCGGCCGCGCCAAUGGCUCCUUCCGAAAGAGAGAAUGAUGGGGGGAGUGAACCACUAGCGGCAGCACCACCGCCCGAUGAAGACGGGGAAGCUGAAGAUGGAGAAGAAUUUGAUGCCGUUCGUCAGGAGCCAGAAGAAAAAGUGGUGAAGCCCUUGUUUGACUUCAAGAAGGUUUUCAAGCGGCUUCAGUCAGGACUGAUCGAGAGAGACCCAGCGACAGCGAAGCGGCUGCUUCUUGGACUGCAUGAACGGUUCUACCAUGCACCCAUCGGCGACUUCAAGAACAUGUUGUUGCGAGCGGGGCUGUUGUCUGACGUUUUGCCGCUAGCUGAAGAAGCUGUGAUGUCGUGCUCGAUCUGCAGGAAAUAUGUUCGGCUUCCCAACAGGCCACAAGUAAAGCUAGGCUCCAGUUCUGGUGUCUUUAAUGCCAGGAUACAAGCUGACCUCUUCAUGUACAAAGAAAUCUGGAUACUCCUGAUCAUCGACGAAGCUACCCGGUACAAAGCGGCAUCCUCUCUGACGUCCAAGGACUUUUCUGAGAUUGCCGGGAAGAUGGUCGAGCACUGGUUUGCGGUCUUCGGAGCACCUAUGCAGCUCGUCAUGGAUCAGGAGACCGGGAUGAUGUCACAUGAAGCCGGCAAGGAGUUGGAAAGGUUCUGUAUCGAGAGAGUGCCCAAGGGCACCACCUCGGGAGAUGCCGGAAAGCAGCACACCGGCACUGGGCUGGUGGAACGGCACAUCGGAUUGAUGGAGCUGACCAUGAAGAAGCUGGAAGCUGAGUUGGAUCGUCAAGGAAUCAAGAUCAUGCCGCACGAGUUGGCCCGAGAAAGCGCCAUGGCUCAAAAUCAGAGCCUGAACUAUGAUGGAGCCACUCCCUCGAUGGCAGUCUUCGGAGUUCUUCCUCGACCUUUCUAUCAGGAGGACAGCAGCAGCAUCAUGUCGGUUGCGGGGGCACUACAGACCGACAUCACGCCAUUCGAGCGGGCUCUCCGGAUCAGACAGAUGGCACUAUCUAUGGUUCAGAAGGCAAUUGCUGAGGACCGGGUCGCUCGUGCCAACCGCACUCGGACGCACCAGCUUAAGCUUGACGAGUUGAUUCCGGGAACUACGUUGGUCGACUACUACAGGGAAGUGAAUGGUGACGUCGGAUGGCGGGGCCCAGCCGAGCUCCUGAAAAUCAAUCGGACGGAAGGCUCGGCGAUACUGUCUUAUCAAGGCAGGCCCUAUUUGGUGUCACUUCGGCAUAUCCGACCUCACCAGGCCGGUGUCUUUGUCACUCUGAACAACGGUCAAGAGGAGGACCUCAAGUACCUUCGCGACGUGAUUGAGAAGUUGUCUCCGUAUAAGGCUGUGACGAUCGGUUGGGUUGUCGAGACAAAGGAAGAGGUGCUCAUGUGGCGGAAGGCAUCAACGAGUUCUCUGGCUUUCGAGAGGACAUGGAAACAUGUUGUGUCCUUGGGAAGGGCUCUUUCCAGCCGAGCAGUGGGAGGAGCCGUCCUGGCACAGAGCGUCAGGGCACUGACACCGCCGCGACAAACCGUGGGUGUCUUGCUCUACUGGAAACGAGGUCAGAGUGGUUUCUUCUGCCAUGAGCACAACAACCACGAAGCUAUAGUACUGAAAAGGAUCACAACUACUCCCUUGGACGACCUAGCCAUGAUCUACGUCUACUUCUACGCCUUCCCGCAGUUUGAUCCAGGCACCCCCAUCAAAGUACUUCCGCCUGAAGGAUAUGACGAUGCGGGAUCUCUGGACCCGACUUCGCCAAUGAGCCUGGACACUGCUGGGCAGGAUGUGGCCAUGUCGCCUACCUCCUCUACCACGUCACCAUCUGGAGACACCGGCUCCAUUGAAAUUGAGGCACCGGACGACUUGAUGAACCACAAGCGAAAAGGCCCGGACAGCAGGGCAGUGGUUCUUGGACCGGAGUCCAAGAAAAGCCGGCUGGAAAUCCUGUACCAGCUGACUGCUGACCCCGCGGUGCACACCAUGGCCCAGCACAACCUCAUCAACCUCUACUGGGUAAUGCACUGGACCCAGUCUGUGCCCACGGAGUACCCAGAUAUAUGGCAGUCCUUCGAGAACAGCGUCUACAUGGCUCAGUGGGACAUUUUCAUGAGCCGAGGAGGAUCAACCGAGCCCAGGCAGGAACCUACGAGGAACUACUUGUUCACCUGGCCGGGCAAGACAUCCACAGAGCUAAUGGCCUGUCUGAGGACCGCGGAGAUUUACAAAGUUGAUGAAGAGACGGACAACAUCUCAGAGGAGCAGUGCUACGAGAUCUGGGACCAAGUGGAACAGGCCGACGAGGAUGAGGUGAAGCAGUUUGUGGACACGAAGUCGUUCGACAAGUCCCACCGGAAUUCCCUGACCGGCGACACUAUCGUCAUCGAUGCCACAUGGAUAAGGAAAUGGAAGCGCUAUCCGGACGGUCGUCUGAAAGUCAAGUCACGGCUGUGUGCCCGCGGAUGCUUCGACAAGCAAAAGGACAUGCUCAGCACCCGCAGCACGACCGCAACGCGACUUUCCCAGCGGAUCUUGGUGUCCACAGCCGCCACUACUGAGAGCGACCUCGAGUCCUGGGACAUUUCCGGGGCUUUCCUUAAAGGUUUGUCUUUUGAAAAGGUUCGAGAGAUGCUGUUGGCACGUGGCAUCAAGACUCCAGUGCGGAAGGUGGCGAUCAUUGCUCCGGCCAAUGUCUGGCGGCAUUUGGCCAAGUUCGAUAGUCGUUUCCGCAUCGACAUGACGAAAGUGAACGACUACGUGCUACUCUGUUUGAAACCAGUGUACGGUCUUAGCGAUGCGCCUCUCGCUUGGCAGCUGUGCUUGCAUGCGCAUUUCCAGGAGCAGAAGGGUGUCCCCUCGCUCAUGGAUGAAAACUACUUCUACUGGCGCAACGACAAGGACCAAUACUCCUCGGGUGUCACGACACACGUCGACGACUGUGGUGCAGCGGGACCACGGAAGUGGCUUGAUGCGCAGUAUGCUCUCCUUGUGGUGAAGUUCGGCAAGGUGACCAGACAGCGUCUGCCAUUUACCCAUUGCGGCGUUCUCUACAGCCGCACAGCGGAUGGCAUACGGAUGUCACAGGAUGAGUUCUGUGUCAAGCUGAAGCCCGCUGCAGUGCCGAGCCGCUCAGAUGAUGAUCCUCUUCGUCCCAGCGAGCUCACUGAUUACCGCAGCAUCCUGGGCGGAUUGCUAUGGCUGACGGCAACGAGAUUGGACCUGAUCUCGGACCAGGCGAAUAACAUCGUGAAGAAGGCCAAGGCCGAACUGGGUCAGAAUGUUGGCCUCCACUACAGGUACAUGAGACCACCAUUUCGUCUGGCAUGCAUUCACGACUCAUCGGCAGCUGGCAAUGUGCGAAACUAUGCUCAAGAGGGCAUUCUUGUGCUGUUGUGUGAAGACAAGCUGGGCAGCUACAACCGGGAGGAUGAGCACGUGAUUCCAGACCACCUGACCAAGCUUCUGGGUGGCCGAUCCCACAUACUGUGGGGACAUGGCGCAAAAGCAAAGCGCAUCAGCUACUCGACGUCUCAUGCGGAGACGUUGGCGGCCAUUUCCGGUCUGGAGGCCAGUACGUUGGUUUCUGUCAGACUGGCCGAGCUUAUGUACCUUCCAGGUCGUGCUACUCUGCAAGCCCUCAUCGCCACACAGGAACAAGGCAUUCCACGGCUUCCAACGGACACCUACACCGACUGCCGCGACUUCUUCGAACUGGCCAGUGGUGAUAAGUCGGUGAGCCAGGAUAAGAAUCAAAGGCUGUACAUCCUGGCAUUUCGUGAGGCCAGAAUGAUGGGUAGGAUCAGGUAUCUGAUCCUGUGUCCGACGCAGUCAAUGACAGCCGAUGCUCUGACCAAGUCUAUGGUGAGUGCACCCUUGAUGAAGCUGCUGAGUUGUGGAGAAGUUGAUUUCUUCAACGAGGGCGAGCACAAGAUGACUAUGAGGUCUUUGCCUCGGUUGCCGGUCGUAGAGGAGAAGCAUUUCGACAUGCAUGACAAGGAGCUUCUACGAGAAGCGGAUGUUAUGGACGGCGCUGGUCUUGGCGUCGAUGGCUUCAACGGCGACGGCAAGUUCUACAGCGCCCACACAGACCUCGACUUCGAGCUCUUCGACAACUUCCUCCUCGGAACAGCCUCAUCCACCGGCAUGGAUGUUGAUGAUGAAGGUGAGCCUAGUGUGAAUAUGGAUGUGGACGAGGCUUUCAUCGGCGAGAACCCGGCGACCACUACGACCACAUCGAGUCCUACGAUACAGGAGCUGCGCACCAUGAUCGACGAGAUGCGAGCCGAUCGUAACCGCUACCGGGAGCUCGCCCUAACACGUAGUUCUGAAGUGGCAAAUUUACGAGCCCUCAGCGACAACCGCUGGCAGACGAUAGAGAGGCUCUCAACGGAGUUGAAUACCGAACGCCGAAGGCAUGCAUAG